ACUGAGUGUCUGACACAUGUACAGAGCCCACAAGCUGCCAUGAGCUAUUUCUACAUGUAACUAGGUGACUACGCCUUGCAGCUUCCCCUACGUUAUAGGCUUUUUAACUUCAUUAUGUGAUCAGGCAUGUUGCCAACUUUGAAGGCCAUUCCACGCAUCUGAGUGAUCUGGCUUGCCGUCCAGGUGAUUUAAGUGCCAAUCUUGAUAAAGGUCCGCAUAAGGACCGAAACGUCGAUGAAAUACGGCAUCAACAGUGAACCCGAAUAAAAAUAUACUGAAUUUACAAGUGACUUCAGAGACUAAUUUCUGGGCCUAUGCCAAGCACCAGGUCCCAUUCUCAAAGCUCCAUUCAGUUCCCUAAAACAAAGACUGCUAAACUGCAAACUAAAGCAGGGCUGCGUGUUCGGGCGAAAUCGGACAUUGGAGCUACUGUGACAUUGUCGCCUGUUUCAAAUGCAUUACCUCUCAGCCCCAGGAAAAGACUUGGUGAUGAUAAUCUGUGUAAUAUACCUCGGUCUACUCGAUGUUCCCCACCUAAACAAAGCCGUAAUGAAAAUGGUCCCCAGAGUCCAGCCAAGGGAAGGCGCCUCAUAUUUGAUCAGAGCCAGCCAGCUACAACACCUCCCUUAAGAAAGGGUCAGGGUUCCUCUGCUGUAUCUCCUCAAAAAAGAAGUCAAGAAACACCUUCCAGUUCAUCCGUGCGGCUGCUACUAGAGAAAGCAAGUGUGUGUACCCAACUGUUCAAGCAAGAUGGUUCCUGUUAUCAGCAAGUCAAGAGCGCCCUGAACACUGCCGUUCCCGAACGUCUACUGGCACGUGAGAUGGAGACGGCCACUAUCCUUUCCUUCCUGAAGACCCAUGUGUCUUGUGAGAAGCCUGGUAGCCUCUAUAUAUCUGGGGCUCCAGGAACAGGCAAAACUGCCUGCUUACACAAGCUGUUACAGGAGAACAAGGAGAUUCUGAAGGGCUGCAAGACUGUAUAUAUCAACUGCAUGUCACUUCGCAGCUCACAGGCUGUCUUCCCAGCUAUAGCAGAAAAGAUACGUGAGCCCGGAAAGCCAUCUGGUGGGAAAGAUAUGCUCAGGAGUCUGGAGAAGCAAGUUACCUCUAAGGGAGCAAUCAUCCUCCUAGUGCUAGAUGAGAUGGAUCAGCUCGACAGUAGGGGUCAUGAUGUCCUAUAUACAGUUUUUGAGUGGCCUUGGCUCCUAAAUUCCAGGAUUGUACUUAUUGGAAUAGCAAAUGCUCUGGAUUUGACAGAUCGUAUUCUGCCCAGGUUGCAAGCCCGGCCUCACUGUAGACCCCAAUUGCUGAACUUUGCUCCUUACACAAAGGACCAAAUUGCUACCAUCCUUCAAGACAGGCUGACACAGGCUUCUGGUGACCAAGUUUUGGAUAAUGCUGCCAUUCAGUUUUGUGCCAGGAAAGUGUCUGCGGUCUCUGGUGAUGCCCGUAAGGCUUUGGAUAUCUGCAGGCGAGCAGUAGAAAUAGUGGAGUCGGAUGUUAGGAGCCAGACUGUCGUGAAGCCACUGUCUCAAUGUGUGUCUCCAGAUAAGGAAUCUGUGUCUAGUCCUGUUCCUAAGAAGGUCAGUCUGCCACACAUCUCCCGUGUUCUAUCUGAUGUGUAUGGCGAUAAAAUGGCUGGUGGCGGUGAAGAAAGUUUUCCCCUGCAGCAAAAACUUGUAGUAUGUUCCCUUCUAUUGCUCACUCAGCAAAAAAAGAUGAAGGAGGUGACUCUGGGUAAGCUUCACGAGGCUUACAGCAAAGUGUGCCGCAAGCAGCAAAUGGAACCAGUGGGCCAGUCAGAAUGCCUGUCCCUCUGCCAACUACUGGAGACUAGAGGUGUGUUAGGACUCAAAAGAUCCAAGGAAGCUCGCCUCACAAAGGUGUCAUUGAAGAUAGAGGAACGGGACAUAGAAUAUACCUUCAAGGAUAAGAUCUUAAUUGGGAACGUUUUACAUGCAGGGAUUUAAAUUUGGCGUUUUUAGAAGAGUACUUUUUUUAUUUGUAUAUAAAUGUAAUUUUUUUUAAUGUAUACUAUCAGUGACUUUGACAGGAGGAUUUCCCACUUGUAGGCUGCUCAAAAUAUAUUUUUAUGAUUUUAUGACCUUUUACAACAUGUAAAGUGCUCUUGUGGCAUCUUGAUUUCUUGUUUUUAAAGAAAGUGACUUGUGUAUAUAAUGUGCAAUAUGUAAUUAUCAGUUUGCUGUUAUGCACAGCAGAUGUUAAUGUUUUAGUAUCUCUAAGGUACAAUCUGGUUUUAUGGACGCAGAGUCUGCAUUUACUCUAGACUGUUCUGUGCUCAUAUUUGGAUUUUAAUAAACAUGAAAAAUCAA